AUGCGCACACGCUGCCGUUGCGGGGGUGAAUGUCACCUCCACAGCAAGAUGGCGGCCAGAGUUAUGCUGAGCCUUGCAACCGGUGCCAGGAGGGCGACAGCCCGGGUUAGAAGCGAACACUGCGCCCUUCCUCUCGAUGCUGGCAUCACCACGUUAACCAUGACCAGGGCAUUGUCUGCUACAUCAUUCAACAACAGGGAGGAUAGCUGGUUUAAAUCGCUGUUUGUCAGAAAGGUGGAUCCACGUAAGGAUGCUCAUUCAAAUUUGCUAGCUAAAAAGGAAACAAGCAGCCUAUACAAAAUUCAAUUUCACAGUGUAAAACCAGAAUCCCUGGAGGCUUACAACCAACUUUGCAUAGAUAUACUACCACAAAUUCACAAAGAUGAGAACUAUCCAUGUGAACUUGUUGGGACGUGGAACACGUGGUACGGAGAGCAAGAUCAAGCUGUCCACCUCUGGAAGUACAGUGGAGGCUACCCUACGCUUACAGAAGUGAUGAAUAAACUGAGACAAAAUAAGGAGUUCAUGGAGUUUAGGAAGGAAAGGGGAAAAAUGCUACUUUCUCGGAAAAACCAGUUGCUUUUAGAAUUCAGUUUCUGGAAUGAGCCUAUGCCCAGGUCAGGGCCCAAUAUUUACGAGCUCAGAUCGUACCAGCUCAGGCCAGGAACAAUGAUUGAAUGGGGUAAUAACUGGGCUCGAGCCAUUCGGUUUCGACAGGAGAACAAUGAAGCAGUUGGUGGCUUCUUCUCACAAAUUGGUGAACUAUAUACAGUGCAUCAUCUAUGGGCUUACAAAGACUUGCAGUCAAGAGAUGAAACACGAAAUUCAGCAUGGCAAAAACCUGGCUGGGAUGAAUGUGUAUAUUACACAGUGCCACUCAUCCAGCGGAUGGAUUCCAGGAUUAUGAUCCCACUAAGAAUUUCACCACUUCAGUAGAGUUCAACUGGGAACAUCUUUCAAGAAAGUUAAUAAAUUGUGUCUUGUCUUAAUAUAUGAGGAAACAAAAUACAGGUUACUGACAUGACUGUACUUGUCAUGAUUUAAAGUGUUUUAACUUCUGGACCUUUUAUCAAAUUUGCAGAAAUAUUUCUGACGCAAACUGUUACCAAUAGCAAUAUUUUAUUUCUGAAGCACUAAAAUUACAAAGUUAGGCGUUUAAAAUCCUGAAUGCUUAUAUUUUAUUGUCUUAUUUCACUUUCACUACACUCCUCUCUGCCUUUGGAAAGUUUCAAUAAUGUUGGUGUGUUUUUGUUUAUUUUAUCUGCUCCAUUCAGUAGAAUGAUCCUUGAAAGGGGGUAACUUUCAGGUAUUAUUUCAGCUUCGUGUGCCAUUGUGCAAACCCCAGGGCAAUUACCUGCCUGAUUCUUGGAAAAACGAGCAAUCAGAGUUCUCACCCCAAAAUAUUGAUGAUCCCACUUUAAUAAGAUGCUCACGAUAUCACAACUUUUAAUACUGUUACUUAGGGAAUUACUUUUUAAAUCAAAAUAAUUUUUGUGAAGAAUGGAUAGUACAUCUGCUGUUUCUCUGAUACAAGUUCAACAUAAAAUGAUACAGUAGAUUAUUUUUGGGUUGCUUUCUACUGCUGUAGGUGGUGCAUGUUUAAUCACUGUACAAAAUUUAAGCUUACAAUAUCAUUUUUUUUAAAAUUGGUUUUGUUGUGUGGUUAUUUUUAAAAUGGCACCAUUAUAUAUAGUAUCUAGUGUUUACAAUAAUUAAGUAGAUCUAAUUAAUGAAAGAAGUGAGUUUCUAAAACCUUGAUCCACAGUCAGGCUACAACAUCUGGUACUCUGAAGGCUGUAAUAAACUUGAUUUACAACA